UCUUUGAUUCAACUAUGGAGGAAUCAGGAUCAACACCAGCUUCCGUUAACUCAAAUGCAUUGUUGCCACCACUACAUCCUCCUCCAAGAUCUUCUAACGCCUCUACUGAAGUUAGUUCAGUUGCAAAAGUACCAACUGCUGGUGAAGCUCCAUCUGCACCAGCUGCCAAUGUUUCCGAUGCUGGUACCAUCACUGUCACUGCACCAGCUUCUAAGAAGCGGAAGAAAACUUCAUGGGUUUGGGAUCACGUUGAUCUGGACCCUCCUCCUUCGAUAAUGGCUGGGAGGCGUAUUCUCGAUCCAUAUCGAAGUUCUUUACUUCCCACAACAGUUGAGGCAUUGAUUUGUGCUCAAAAUUGGUUGAAGACGCCGAUUGAUCUUGAUACUCUUCCUUGGGACCAGAAGAGGAAGUUAGUUCAGAAUUUUUGGACUCUCUCUCUAAUCCAUGUUCGUAAACAUAACAGAUGA